AGCUUAAGUUAUUUAUUUAACAAAUCAAAUUCAAGCUAAUAAUAGCUCAACUCGAAAAAACUCGAGCUUAGCCGAAAUGCUGUUGAGUAGGUCCCGACCCAUUUGGUUGCUCGUGCUGGGGCCCCAACAACAUACGACCUCGAAUCUGAGUACAAGACUCGGAUCUGAAUUUAAAGUUGGACCCGAAUAGGCUCCAACCCAUUUGGCAGCUGCUGAGCUGGAGAUUUAUAACGGAUCGGGUAUGGAUCAGGCUCAAGUUUUCUAAUCCUAUUUUCUUCCUCGACGAUCCAUCAUCCAGGCUCGGGUGAACGGAUCCAGAAUCCGGUCGGGUUUCGGGUGAGCCCGACCCGUGGACAUCCCUAGCCCCAUCCUUUCUCCUUCCGAGGAAGUCCAUCCGGGUUCCAGUUCAGCGAAAGAAGACCAAGGGGAAAGAUGGCCUCUGUUCCUCUUCUCAGGCUUUCCGUCGUCCCUCGCUCUCCCAAAAACCUCACAGCGAAACCCUUCUUCCUCAGGCGCCCGCCAUUCAGUCUGCAAUCGCUUCCUCGGCUCACCCCCAGAACCAAGCCUACCGUUGUCACCUCGGCGUCCUAUAGCCCGACGCCGGCGACGGACCGGCUGAUCGCGGCGGCGGCCUAUUGCCUCCCUUUCUUCAACGGCCUGCAGUACGGGCGCUACGCCUUCGUCCAGUACCCGGUACUGGAACGCGUCUUCGAGCCCCUGCUCCCCGUCGUCUCCGCUUACCGCUCCGUCCCCUUCGCGAGCUUCGUCGCCUUCUUCGCCCUCUACCUCCUCGUCGUCCGCAACCCCAACUUCAGCCGCUUCAUCCGUUUCAACGCGAUGCAGGCCGUCGUCAUGGACGUCCUCCUCGUCCUGCCGCUGCUCGUCCAGCGCGUCUUCACGCCCGGCAGGGGCAUCGGGUUCAAGAUCUUGAUUGUCGGCUACAACUGCAUGUUCGCGCUCCUCGUCGGCUGCUUCCUCUACUGCCUGGCGUCCUGCGUUGUCGGCCGGACGCCUUACCUGCCGUUCGUUGCGGAGGCCGCCGACCGGCAGCUGUGACUGCGGCAGAUCGGAAAGGCUCGUGGCCUUCAAACCUAGGUUUCUGUUUUCGAUCGGGUUCUUUGGAGGUCGGCGUUUGGUUAGCGAGAAGUCGUGAAAUUUGAGCGUUUUGUUUGUUGCUUGUGACUUUUAUUUUGAGAUCUCGGACUCGGUUGGUGCAUAGUGGGUUUUGGACCUUUGGCAGGGUCCUCCUGAACGGAAAUGGGCGGAGUCAAUACUGUAAAAGAAACUUGUAUGCUCAAUUAAAACGAAUUUACGAGUGCUGUCCGGUUCGGGCUA